UGCUUAUGUAUAUGAGAAUAAUAUUGUUGAUUUGAAAUUAAUGUUUUUUCAGUGUAGUAACAGUUGUCUAAAGCAAUUACUCGAAUAAACAUUCGGCAUUUGUGUCGGUAAGAGCGGCGUACGCGUGAACGAAAUAGAAACGUUCGCGUUUCAAUUCGGCAAUGCCGAAAGAUCGACCGAGGUAGGUGCCACGUGAAAUGGGGUCCUCCUCGUGGACGACAUCAUUAGUUUAAUUGCAACUGCAUCUUGAUAAUCGUCCUAUAAAUUCCGGCCGGUGUCAUCUCGAUUACUGCAAUUUACUGGCAAAUUCGCGGAUCUUGGCGCAAAGUCGCGCGGCGCAAACACCGCUCUCUCGCCCUUUUGCUGUUCGCUGAGGGGGGGAGGGGAGGGGGGGGGGCGAAAAAGGGCCAGCAAUGUAUCCUAUAGUGCGAUACGACACUCGAAUUUCGAAGGGGUCGGCACCACGCCGCCCCACGCACCCCCGCGCGCGCAAUCUUCCCGGGGGUGGUAGGGGGCCCUCCGGCAAGCGGGCGACUCACCCCCUUGCGAAUUGGCGGAGCACGAGGAAGCGGGGCAGCGUCGGACGGUCGCCGCCAAUCGUCGCCGCCCUCGGCCACCGAUAGACCCUCGCGUCUGCGCCCCUCGGCCGGGUGUCCCCUGGUACGUCGGUGUUCCCUACGUCGCCCUCGGUUCGGGUACCGCGCGCAAGGCCGCAGACCUAUCACUUCUUUGGCGACAGCCGUCAGGGUAACAUCCUCGCACUCGCUUUCUACCCUCGCUCUCUCUAAUUCUCCCAUCCCUUCGACCCUUCGCAUCACCGCCAGAAAUCGACGAUUCCGUUAUUUCUCACCCGAGCUCGGCUCAUCUCUUCCCAGCUUCUGCCUCCUUCGAACUGUCCUCCCUCGUUCGGUCAUUUUCACCGACCUCCUACCUCUCACGUGCGCGCUCUUGCCCCUCGUUUCGCUCGCGCGUUUAUUCUUCUUCAUUUUUCUGUUUGUCCGGUUUCGCCAAGAUAGAGGCCGAUCCCGGGGACCGCGACCGUUUUCCCAACUUCGCGUCGCAGUGAAGGAACGUCCCGCGAUCGUUCCGGCUUCCGGUGACGUGUGCAAGCAGUAACUAAUCAGUUUAACGUUUCUCGCCGGUCUCUCAGGUAAAAUAAACUUCCGCUUCUGUGUUCGAUUCUUAGCCGCUCUCGCGAUUAUUACGAUUUAAAAGAAGAUCUCUCUCUCUUAUUCUCUUUCGCUAUAAUCCGACCUCGUGUUCGCCCGUCGAGUCUUUUCCCUGAAAAUACGUGCGGUUUCGCUCGCAAUUUUCGCAAAAACAUUCCCGCGGUUCCGUUUGCGGUUGUCCCCUCGCUUUUUUUUUUUUUUUUUUUUUAUUGUUGUUCGCCGAUUGCCUUCUCGCGGUCGUUCAACGGAAGAAACGUACGUCGCCGAUCGCGAAAAGCGCACCGGAUUUCGCGCCGCUCCCGCUUCCGUUACGGAAGGCGUCGCGAUGUAGCGCACGGCUGUCGCGCCCCGGAACUUCCUCGUGCCUUAGAACCGCCGUCCAGAUCGUGACAAUAAAUUCUCUCUUCGAGAGAAUCCCCUCUCCCUCCUUUCUACGAGACUUUUUGACCCUUUCCCCGCGCGUUUAUCGUAUCCGUUUCUUUUCCUUCGCGCCGUAGUAGACUGAAUAAACCAACGAGCUUAUUUUCCUUCCGAGUCGAUCAUCGAUCCAACCACGAGAUUGCCUUAUCGAGAUCCAAGUCCGUCCGGGUCUUCCCGAAAAGUUCUUCUCCUCGUACCCUUGUAUUUUCCCCUCGAUCGAGGUUGAACGGGAAAUCCACUCCGUCCCUUGUACCUUGUGCCUUGUCUACCUACAAUAGUCCCGAAUCACCACCGUCUGUGACUUCCCGGGGCGGAAACGAUCGUGAUCCUUCCCGAAGACACGAAGAUCCGACAGCGUGCAGUCGGCGACGAUCGUCCCUCUCCCCUCCCCGACUACGUAGAAUCUCCUGCGUACAGAAGUCUCUCCUGCCUUCUUUCUGUGCGUAACACGCGCGACGAGUUCGUCCGAGAAGAGAUCUCCCCGGGCGCGAUCGAGUGACACCAUCACGAUGAUCACACCGGCGACGCGUCGAGUGAUUCUGGAGGUUUUCGCGCACGUAGAAGAUCACCCCAGGCAAUCGCAAUGGCCACGCUAUCUUUGCGCAUCUCUAUACCGGAGAAGAACGCCACCAAGAUGAUGCAGUUCGAUCCCAGUACAUCAGUGUAUGAUGCUUGUCGUAUUAUUAGAGAAAAACUUGUCGAAGCCAGCAACAUGGGUCAACCGAAAGAUUACGGCCUGUUUCUUGCUGAUGAGGACGUGAAGAAGGGAGUUUGGCUCGAGCCCGGGCGAAAUCUCGACUACUACAUCCUGAGGAACGGAGAUCUGCUCGAGUACCGUCGUAAACUUCGUACACUGCGCGUCCGUAUGUUGGAUGGAACAUUGAAAACUAUGUUGGUGGAUGACAGCCAGCCCGUAGCCAAUCUCAUGGUAGUGAUAUGUACGAAGAUAGGUAUCACGAAUCAUGAUGAGUAUUCCUUGGUGCGCGAGCUGGUGGACGAUGACAAUGAGAAUCAAAAACCUGGAAAUUUUGGCACUCUCACGUUGAAGAGAAAGAAAGAGGAGAAAGGCGAAAGGGACGCUAAGAUGGAACAGUUGAGAAAAAAAUUAAAAACCGAUGACGAAGUGAAUUGGAUAGAUCCAAGUAAGACCUUGCGCGAACAAGGUAUAGACGAAUCCGAAACCGUUUUAUUGAGAAGGAAAUUCUUUUUCUCGGAUCAAAACAUUGAUAGUCGUGAUCCUGUGCAAUUGUCGCUGUUGUAUGUACAAGCGCGAGAUGCAAUUCUGGACGGUACACAUCCAAUUACACAGGAAAAGGCUUGUGUUUUUGCCGGGAUCCAAUGUCAAAUACAGUUUGGCGAUCACAAGGAGGAGAAACAUAAACCGGGUUUCCUCGAUCUUAAGGAAUUUCUGCCGCAAUCGUACGUUAAAGUGAAGGGAAUCGAAAAAAAGGUUUUUGCGGAACACAAAAAACACAUUGGACUUUCGGAACUGGACGCCAAAGUUCUGUACACAAAGACCGCCAGGUCGCUUAAUACGUACGGCGUUACGUUUUUCUUAGUGAAGGAAAAGAUGAAGGGCAAGAACAAGUUGGUGCCACGUCUGCUUGGCGUGACAAAGGAUUCGGUCCUGCGACUUGACGAGAAGACGAAAGAAAUUUUAAAGACGUGGCCGUUGACGACCGUGCGACGUUGGGGCGCCUCGCCAAACACCUUCACCCUCGACUUCGGCGAUUAUUCCGACCAAUAUUACAGUGUACAGACCACCGAAGCAGAGCAGAUACUCCAGCUGAUCUCCGGUUACAUUGAUAUUAUUCUGAAAAAACAGAAAGCAAAGGAUCACUUCGGUAUCGAGGGAGACGAGGGAUCUACCAUGGUGGAGGAUAGCGUGUCGCCACUAAAAGCUACAAUCAUGCAACAUGAGACUAGCAAUAUUGGUAAAGGAAAUGUAGAAGCUGUCUCAGUCGCAAUACCAGCCGUUAUGAGGGCCGGAGGAGAUGGGGCUCGACCAUAUGGAACUGGUCACAUAGGUGGUGCCCAAUACACGACCAUCAGUGGACAGGUGAACAUCGCUCAUGCUCCGCCUACGGUCCAACAAACUAAGGUGACAUCCGUCCUAUCUGAACCGCAACGUGCCUUAUUAUCGACCAUCACCGCCGGUCACGAGGUGAUCCACAUCGCCGAGACGGAACUGACCACGAAGGCUCAGUUGCCCGAACUUGGUACAGAUCCGGCGUCUUUGAGAUGGAUCGAGCAGACGAUCGACACUCACAAGCAGAACGUGGGCUCGCAGAUCGCGGCGAUGAACGCUGCGACCGCCCAGGUAGUAACGUUGACUUCCGGGCCAGCGGACGACGUCGAUCACACUGCAGUGGGAGCGGCAAUCACCACAAUUGCCACGAAUUUGCCAGAGAUGACGAAGGGCGUGCGGAUGAUAGCUGCUCUCAUGGACGAUGAGUCGUCCGGUGAGCGUCUAUUAGACGCAGCCAGGAAACUGUGUUCUGCGUUCUCGGAUUUGCUGAAGGCUACAGAACCGGAGACCAAGGAGCCUUUCUACAUAACAUCUACGCUGUAUGGACAAUAUCCGCGACAGAAUCUAUUGAAUGCGGCAUCGCGAGUGGGUGAAGCGUCGCAUCAAGUAUUAACGACUAUUGGCGAAGAGGACGACUCGAAUCGCGAGUUGCAAGACAUGUUACUUGCGCUCGCUAAAGCCGUGGCUAAUACCACCGCUGCUUUGGUACUGAAGGCGAAAAAUAUAGCGGCGACGUGCGAAGACUCCGCUACGCAGAACAGAGUGAUAUCAGCCGCGACGCAAUGCGCGCUGGCUACGUCUCAGCUCGUGGCAUGUGCCAAGGUCGUAGCACCAACUUUACAUUCACCUGCCUGUCAGACGCAAUUGAUGAACGCCGUUCGCGAAGUGACCAGAGCUGUGGAGCGCCUGGUUCAAGUCUGCAAUGAGACGUGCAGUGAUGACAACUUGCUGAAGGAGCUGAGCCUUGCUGCCGCUGAAGUCAGUCGUACCUUGAACGAUCUUCUCAAUCACAUCAAGACCGCCACUAGGGAGCGUGCCAAAGAAUCCAUCCAGGAAGGUGCAGUGGAAACUAUCUUUGUUGCAACAGACAAACUGUUCGCUAGCACUGGUGAUGCCGGUGAAAUGGUACGACAGGCAAGAGUGGUCGGUCAAGCUACCGCGCAAUUGAUUCAGAGUAUCAAAGGUGAAGCUGAGAGACAGACAGAUUCGGAACAGCAACAGCGUCUACUAGCGGCGGCGAAGCUACUCGCUGACGCCACCGCUAGGAUGGUGGAGGCAGCGCGGCAAUGUGCUAGCAGUCCACACGACAUUAAGAUGCAAGAUCAACUGCGCCAAGCAGCGGAAGAAUUACGAGCUGCGACAACAGCGGCAGCGACGCCAGCAUUACGUAGAAAACUUAUCACGCGUUUAGAGGCUUGCGCUAAACAAGCUGCGUCUACGGCCACGCAAUGUAUCGCAGCGUCUUCUGGUGUUGGACACCACAACACCAACCCAGCCAGCCAGGAGGAACUGAACAUGGAAUGUCGUAUGAUGGCACAACAGAUUCCACAUCUUGUAUCAGGAGUAAAGGGUACCCAAGCGCAACCAGAUAAUCCUACAGCACAGUUAAAUCUGAUAAAUGCUUCCGAACAAUUUCUACAACCAGGCACCGCCGUAGUGAAAGCGACUAGAGCCGUACUGCCGACGGUCACCGAUCAGGCAUCCGCCAUGCAGCUGAACACUACUUCGCAGCAAUUAGGAUCAUCGUUGGCAGAUCUUCGAUCAGCGGUAACGCGUGCCAGGGAAGCCUGCGGCGGAUUGGAGCUCGACGCUGCGGAAGAGCUGAUUAAUAGCCUAAAAGAUGAAAUAGGCGAGUUUUAUCGCGCUGUCGAAGCUGCCUCGUUGAGACCAUUACCGGAAGAGACGACAGAAUCAACUGCGCUACGACUCGGUGCUACAUCAAAGAAUGUUGGAUACGCUAUGGCACAGCUAUUAUCUGCCGCCAAGCAGGGCAACGAAAAUUACACCGGAAGCGCCGCUAGAGAAACCGCUUCGGCGUUGAAAGACCUCACCUAUGCCGUACGUGGUGUGGCCGCCACGUCCAAUCAACCGGAGACGCAGAAGAAGGUGUUGAUGACAGCGGACGACGUGAUCCUGCGAUCGCUGCGCUUGGUAAAGGAAGCGCGACGUGUACUGAAGAAUCCCGACGAUCCUGAGAACGAGGUUAAUCUUGCUGCAGUUGCCAAGGACGUUUCCAAUUCGUUAAACAAAUGCGUGUCCUGCCUGCCCGGACAGAGAGACGUCGACGAAGCAAUAUACAACAUCGACGAUAUGACUCAAGUGCUCAACAUAAAUGAAUUUCCCCAAACAAGCAGGAGUUAUGGACAAUUGCAGAGCGACCUCAACAAUGCUGCCGCCAAUUUGAAUGAUGCGUCGUCGAACGUAGUAUCAUCCGUGCGUUCACCCGUGCAGCUCGCAAACUCGUCGAAACAAUUUACCAAUGCUUUCGGGGAAUUGUUGAGUGUGGGUCUGGAAAUGGCGAGUCAAACAACAGUCGAAACCCGCAGUCAGGUAGUGAUAUCAUUGAAGAACAUUAGCAUAACUUCUAGUAAGCUCCUCAUGACCGCCAAAUCAAUUGCGGCCGAUCCCACUGCACCAAACGCAAAGAAUCAACUCUCAGCGGCGGCUCGCGCGGUUACCGACUCCAUAAAUUACCUGGUAGACGUGUGCACCUCAGCAGCACCCGGACAAAACGAAUGCGACAAUGCCAUCAGAAACAUUCAGUCCAUGCGAUCUCUGUUAGACAAUCCGAGCGAGCCCAUUUCGGACGCCUCUUAUUUCGAGUGUUUAGAGACCGUCAUGGAGAAAAGCAAGAGCCUCGGUGACGGUAUGACUGGCAUCGCAAACCAUGCGAAGAAGUCUGAACAUGAACAGUUUUCUGUCGCAGUUCGUGGAGUCUCCUCCUCGAUUUGCGGUUUAAUUGAAGCAGCUGCUCAAGCAGCCUAUCUAGCGGGCGUGAGCGAUCCUACAUCUGUAGCUGGUAAACCGGGUCUCGUAGAUCAGGCGCAAUUCUUGCGAGCGGCGCAGGCUAUUCAUAGCGGUUGUCAGAGUCUCAGCAACCCGACCAGCACGCAACAACAAGUGCUCUCGGCUGCUACCAUGAUCGCCAAGCAUACCAGCGCGCUCUGCAAUGCUUGUAGACUCGCGUCCAGCAAGACUAGUAAUCCAGUAGCUAAGCGGCACUUUGUUCAAUCCGCCAAGGACGUCGCUAAUUCAACGGCGUGCCUCGUUAAAGAGAUCAAAGCGCUCGAUCAGAAUUAUUCCGAUGUCAACCGCGAAAAGUGCGCGGAAGCUACGAAACCGCUACUCGAGGCGGUAGAUAAUCUCUGCACAUUUGCGGGUUCUCCCGAAUUCGCAAGCCAGCCGGCCAAAAUAUCCAUUGCCGCUAGAGCCGCCCAGGAACCGAUCACCAGUGCCGGCAAGUCCAUCAUCGACGGCUCAUGCGCCAUGGUGCUCGCAGCCAAGAGUCUCGCGGUCAGUCCAAAAGAUCCACCGACUUGGCAGCUGCUGGCCAAUCACAGCAAGAGCGUCAGCGACUCAAUUAAGUCGCUGGUAGCAUCGAUCCGUGAUAAAGCACCUGGUCAGAAAGAGUGUGAUGCCGCAAUCGAAAAAUUGUCGGCACGAAUACGCGAGCUCGACGCAGCCUCGCUUAGCGCAGUGUCACAGGCGCUGUUGCCGCGCCGCGAAAACACUAUGCAGGGAUUCACGGAUCAGAUGGAGAGCAGCGCAAGCGAGUUGCGCGAGAAGCUGGAACCAUUACGCACCGCUGCCAAGUAUGAGGCAGAGAAUGUCGGUCACGCCGUCAAUCAAAUCGCCCUUUACUCGGAACCGCUUGUCUCCAGCGCGAUUGGCGCCGCGUCUAAUAUGGUGCAUUCAAAGCAGCAGAUGGUGCUGCUGGAUCAAACAAAAACUGUAGCCGAAUCCGCGCUGCAACUGAUUUACGUCACAAAGGAGUCCGGCGGCAACCCGAAGGCUGUCGCGCUGCACACUGAGGUGGAUGAAAUUGUUGAGUCCACUAAAGACGCGCUUCAGGAGCUGCAGAACACCUUGGAAACUAUAUCGACGUCAGCGGGCAUUGUUACCGGCUUGAUCGACACAAUUUCUCGUGCGAUGGUGAGAUUGGAGGAUUACCGUAUGUCUACUGUUGAUACUGUGGACUCUUACGUAGAUUAUCAGACAAGGAUGGUCGAAGCUGCCAAAGAGAUCGCUCGGUUGGCGCAAGAAAUGUCGACUAAAUCGAGCACCGACGUAGCCAGAUUGGGACCCCUGGCAGUCGAUAUAUCGCACAAAUACACUCAACUUGCUCGUGAUACUUCCGGAGCGUCUGCAGCUGCCUCCAAUGCUGAUGUGUCUGCCAGACUUCGCACUGGCGUCCAGGAACUCGGCCGAGCCUGCGCGGACAUAGUGCGCGCGGCCGGCGUAUGUCAAAUGUCACCCGGUGACGCAUACGCCCAACGAGAAGUCGCGGAGCACAGUAAGAUUGUGACCGAAAAGGUGUCGCAAGUACUGACCGCAUUGCAGGCAGGCUCGCGCGGCACUCAGGCAUGCAUCAAUGCCGCCAGCACGGUUUCCGGCAUUAUUGGUGACCUCGACACUACUAUCAUGUUCGCCACCGCCGGUACUCUACACGCCGAGAAUGAGGGUGACACAUUCGCUGAUCAUCGCGAAAGUAUAUUGCAGACCGCGAAGGCACUGGUAGAAGAUACGAAGACACUAGUGGCUGGAGCGGCGUCCUCGCAGGAACAACUGGCUGUUGCCGCGCAGAACGCAGUAUCGACGAUUGUUCAGCUUGCCGAAGUCGUCAAAUACGGUGCGGCCAGUCUGGGCAGUCAGAAUCCGGAGGCCCAAGUGAUGCUAAUCAACGCCGUGAAGGACGUCGCGUCUGCACUUGGCGAUCUCAUUCACGCCACCAAGGCCGCCAGUGGCAAGCCCAUCAAUGAUCCCAGCAUGGAGCAUCUGAAAGAUUCCGCCAAGGUAAUGGUGACGAACGUGACGUCGCUGAUAAAAACAGUGAAGGCCGUGGAGGAUGAGCACACACGCGGUACCAGGGCAUUGGAGUCCACGAUCGAAGCUAUUGCUCAGGAAAUCCGAGCGCUUAGCAGUUCCGAGACGCAGAGGAGCAACGUAACGCCGGAGGAUCUUGUGCGUUGUACGAAGAGCAUCACCAUAUCGACGGCGAAGGCGGUCGCCGCUGGGAACAGUUGCAAACAGGACGAUAUAAUCGCUGCUGCUAAUAUGGGUAGGAAGGCUAUCAGCGACAUGUUGGCCAUUUGUAAAGGUGCAGCCCACCAUUGUGCCGAGACCACCGAGCUGUGCGAACGUACUCUUCAGGCGGGACACGACGUUGCCAUCAAUUAUAGGGAGCUGCUUCAGGCCAUUCUGCAAAUAGCGUCGAGGUCGGGCGACGCCAAGCACACCUUGCCGGCGAUCUCGCGUAAGAUCGCGCAGAGCGUAACGGAGCUGGUGGCGGUGGCGGAACUAUUGAAAGGCACCGACUGGGUCGAUCCCGACGAUCCCACAGUAAUCGCGGAAAACGAAUUACUUGGGGCAGCCGCCAGUAUCGAUGCAGCCGCUAAGAAGCUGGCCAGUCUGAGACCAAGGAGAAGCAUCCAGGAGGCUAACGAAGACAUGAACUUCGACGAAAUGAUUCUCGAAGCCGCCAAAUCGAUCGCUGCUGCCACCUCGGCGCUGAUAAAGGCUGCCAGUGCUGCUCAACGAGAACUCAUCGCAACCGGCAAAGUAUCACGUACGCCGCUGACAAGCUCCGACGAUGGUCAAUGGUCCGAAGGUUUAAUUUCAGCUGCUCGAAUGGUGGCAGCCGCCACCCAUAGCCUUGUAGAAUCUGCGAACGCUCUCGUUCAAGGAGUAAGCUCCGAAGAGAAGUUGAUUUCUAGCGCUAAGCAGGUUGCGAGCAGCACGGCGCAACUGUUGGUCGCUUGCAAGGUCAAGGCCGACCCUGACAGCGAGAGCACGAAACGUUUACAAGCGGCCGGUAAUGCCGUAAAACGUGCUACCGAUAAUCUCGUACGUGCUGCGCAACAGGCUAUCCAGCAAGAGGAGGACAGAUCAUUGGUCCUAAAUCGCCGUAUGGUAGGCGGUAUCGCGCAGGAAAUCGACGCACGCUCGGAGGUUUUACGAAUUGAACGUGAGCUGGAAGAAGCUCGAGGCAGGCUGACCGCAAUUCGUCUAGCCAAAUACAAGAAUCGAUCGGAUCUAGCCGACGGAGACGGUGACGUAGCAGUUGACCAGGGCGGCUAUCAGAGUUAUACCACCCGGUACGAAACGAGGGCAUACGAGCCGCACACUACAAGUUCACCUAUUCAGACGAUGAAUCACACUUUGGAUCAAUUGCAGUCUACCACGCAGCACAUUAGUCACCAGUUUAUUGAUCAGCAAAACUUGGUGAGUCCAGAGAAAGUACAUUCGACGCAAAGCACUCUUGAGAGAAAGUUAAAAGACAACCAAUAUCGAUCUACUAUGGAUCAGUACGGAUCCCUGGACAGAAAGUACACCGUCGACAGUUAUCAGGACAGAAGUCCGUACAUCGUCACUGAGAGGAAGUUCAUAACGGACAAUUCACCUGGCCAGUACAGCUCAAUCGAACGAAGAAUCAAUCAGGAGAGUUUUACUACGGAGAAAAAACAUACGGAUGGAUUCGCUUUGUAUCCGCCGCCCCAACACAUCUCAUACUCGACCGAGUCCCCGACUUCCAAGACUCCUGUUCAGGAGCAAAUUGCCGAGGACAGAAAGUCACCGCAGGAUCAGCCGAAGUAUUCGACUGAUCGGUUCAUAGGCGUCAGUCCGAUGAGCACGUUCCGUUCCGAGAAGCAAAUAGACACGCAGCGAUUCAGUAGCGGUAUUCCGCAGCAUCAAACGUUCAAGAAUGUUGAGAGUAAGGUUAUUCCCGGCGGUAAAAUUGAGACAAUCACAACGAAAGUGUACUCGUCCACGCCCGGCAAGAAUAUCAGCAGUUCUAAUUAUGAGACUACUGAGGAGACCAAGCAGUACACGUCCGGCAAUGAUCUGUCAACUUUCAAGGGCAGCGACACUGUCGAAGAGCGUACGAUGAAGCAAUCGAUGCACAAAAUCACAGAGAAGAAGACUGUCACCAUGACGACGUCAAGUCGACAGGAGUCCAACACGAAAACUUUUCGUUAUGAGGACAAACAGUGAAAAGCGAAGAUAAGAUCCACUGCAUGCAAUUGAACCGGUAAUUUCGUCCAAGAAUAAUCUUAGAAAAGUGAUUUGUCUAAAUUCAAACAGCUUAAAAAAUGUCUGAAACAGUUUGUAAAAAACAAUAUAAAAUUAUUUUAACACAAUAGAUGACUUUUCUCAACUGAGAUCAACGACAUCUCGAGCUUUUAAGAUUGAACUAAAAAUGAUGUUAUGAUUCUUGAUGAGUAACGACAAGCUUUCGCAGGAAAAGUUUUGCUAACCUCACCGAGGAUGAUCUUUGUUAUGCAUUAAGAGUUUGCGUAAUAAUUUACGUAUUUCAACACUUUGAAACGAGAAGGAACGAUAACGUGGCCGAGUUAUUUAUUAGCGAAACGAUAGAAAGUGUCCUUAGAUAGAUGUUAACACUUGUGCUUUCAAUCAGUAGCCUUAUGAACGUAAUUUAAUCGUGGAUGUUUCGCGGCUGCAAGCCAUGAAUCGUUUUUUCGAUAGCCAUACAACUUACGUCUCGAGACGCGAAUCGAUUGCACAUAAUAUUACGUCUAAUGUAGGAAAACACUAAUUGUUCGCAUUCGUAUAUUCACACAGUAAGUUUUUUGUUUCUUUUGAUUUUUUUUCUCUUCGCUUAUACAGCACGAGAAAAGUAGAGAAUAAUUAUGCGCUUGAAUUAAUGUAGAAUUAAUUUUAUGUUUAUUCAUUUGCGGUUAAGACCGUAAUCCACCGGAUUAACAAGAGAAGCAACAUAUCAUUUAAUUUUAUUAAUUUUUUCGAUGUGUCGCGCGGUGUCGAGACAGGCCCGGCGACGCGCCACCGCUAUUAACACUUUCCGUUUUCUCGAUUAACUCUUCCCUUUUUCCUUCCGACGUUUUACUGCGUUUAUAUUUAUUCCGAAAAUCCUCCACACUAUUGCGAAAUACUGACUCUUUUUCUUUGACCCUUACGUUUCUUCUAGCGCAAUUCUACGUACUAUUAAUCUGCAGGCGGUAGCUCGUUUUCAAUGUUAAAUUAUUAGGAGGAGACGGGAAAUUUGUAUGAUUAAAUUGUGGACGCAAAGUUUACUAAUUUUUUUUAGGAAAUAAAUGAAUAUUGUUCCCGUUUAGUUAUUUACUAAAUUAAAAAAUAUUUUAUUAACUGUAUUUUAGAUGUAGAAAAUUAAUUAUUUACUUAUAUAUAAUAUAAUUAAAUAUAUAAUUAUAAAAUACUAAUUUAUACAAAAUAAGUUUUGUUACAAAUUAAUUACAAUUGAAUUUUCUACUUCUUAAAUAUAGUAGUAAAUAACACCUAAAUGAAAAAAAUUGCGCCUAUUUUUUUCCUGAAAUAAAUUUGUGAAUCUUGUCUUUAAUUCAUCCACAAAUCUUUUUAUUCUUGAUUGAAUUUACUGAUGCAAGCUUAUAUUUUCGAGCCCAGCUAGUUGUUACGAGUAAUCGAGUGCAAUUAUUAUUCGCUUUUGCGAAUGUAUACGCUAUUAUACAUAAAUAUCUCUUAAUAUGUCUAUGAAAUUCAGGGAAUCUUCGCAUUAGACCUGAUGCGAUCUAACGAAAAAAGUGCCUAUUUACCGAACUGCCAGCGAGCUGCCGCUUUUUUCAUUCGGAUGAAUUUAGCUGAUAUAUUGGCUUAGUUACUAGUUUAAAAUUCUGCAUAUACUUAAAUACUUAAAAUACAAAUGAUUUCAUAUAAGAAUUUUGUUUAAUUUAUUUACAUUAAUUAUUUACUAUUCAAUAUAAAAAUAAGAUUAUCUAGAUAACUGUUAAAACCUUUUAAUUACAAUUAAAAAUUAAAGUGUACACAAUUGAAAAGUCUUCAUAUAAAGCAAAUAAUUUCAUAAUUAUUGUUUACAAGAAAUUGUUUACAAAAUUGAUUAUUGUCGGCCAAGUUCAUACGAAUGUAUACUUUUCCUUUAAUUAUGCUCGAUUAGUACGAUUCAUAAGAAGUCUCUAAUAUUACCAAAAAUCGAAUGCUUUACUAAUGUGUUUAAUCGAGUGUGUGUGUGAACGAGUGUAUUGGCCAAAUAAACGGUCAAUGUCGAGUUCUUCCAAAGUGAUGCGCGCGUAUUACAUUUUAUUGUAUAUUUUUAAGAGGGAAAUUGCCUAUUACAACCCUAUGUAUCUUUAGAUUUGCGCAAACCGGAAUCUUAAUAAUAACAAUUUGAUAAUCAGCCAAAUCAAUCAGCUUGGCCGAUCUCUUUUAUUUUGAUUGAUUUUGCUAACCGACUUCUGCGUUUGCGUUGCAAUUACGCUGUGAAUUAAAAAGAAAAAAAAUUAAUUAUUUUGUGAAUAAUUUAUUUGAAUUUACAUAUAUCAGCGACUAGAAUUAAAGAGAUCAAUCGAAAAUAACGCGCAUUGCGAUAAGUUUGUGUGAGUCUUUGUAUCUCUAGACGAAUGUGCCAUGAUAUAUAACAAAUGUAUAUCGCAAGAUGACGAAUUAUAUAUGAAGAUAUAUAUAUAUACAUAGAUAUGUAUUACAUAUAUACAAGAAAUGCAGCGAUCUUUACGAUUGUAAUAAUGUUUUACAUUGUUUUAAUGAUUUAUAUUAUAUAGAGAGUAUUUUUUUAAUAGUUGUUCUGUAAUUGUCUUUUAAACACAUACAUAGAAAUAUCUUUUAGAUCUAUUUUUCACGGAAUGUUACGAGUUUAUGAUGUACGUUAUAUCGAUAUUAUGUAAUAUUCUUUUUACUUAUUAUUAUUAAUCUUUAUUACGCGAUAAAAGAUAUUAUUACGGUUAUUAUUAUAUGGUUUGUAUUAAUCUCUUUUGCCAUUAUUAAAAUCCAAAUAUUUAUACAGACGUAACCAAUAAACAGUUUCUAACAU